CUGCAAGCCAGACGAUGUCUGAUCGUGCUGCAUAACAAGGUCUACGAUAUCACUAAAUACCUCGAGGAUCACCCCAGCGGCAGUGCUAUUCUGCUCGAAGUCGCUGGUACCGAUGCCACCGAUGCCUUUGAAGAAGUCGGCCACUCCGACGAGGCCCGCGAGCAGCUGGAGCAAUUCUACUUGGGAGAUCUCCCGGCUGAGGAACAAACUGAGGUGAUCGAGGUCUAUCGUCCCACCUACCAACAAGUCUCCCAGGCCGCCGCCGUGAACCUACACAGACCCUCCUUCUGGACAAAAGUCCUGCGCGCCGUCACCAAACUCGGUCUGACCGGCCUCAUCCUGCGCAACUCCACCGGCAGCGGCACGAGCUACAACGGAUCCUUCUGGACCGGCGCCGGUAUUGCUACCAUCAGCCAGCUCACGAUAACCUGCAGCUUCGGUCUCUGGCUCUCCUCCAAGCUCGACGUCCAGCAAGAAUUCACCCACUAUACACCCCGUCGCGCAACCCACGCCGCAUCCCUCAUUCCCCUCCGACACACCAGCAGCAGCACCCCAGCAUCCCCUCCCAUCCUCCACCCCAAGACCUGA